AAUUUAUAUGUAAAUAUUCAAGUUUAUAUUUUAUAUACGUAAGAGAUGAAUAUGAACCAAAAUUCUGAUGAGUUGGAUCGAAAUUGGCAAAAUUCUGCGCAAGGGCAAAUGGGGUCAAUGAAGAAAGAUGCAAAGCGAAAAUUAUUUAUCAGAGACUUUUUGCGCAAUAAGGAUGUGGCGCCAUGGUUUCGAGGAACGUCGAUUUUUCACUUGCAAGGAUCCAAUCAACUUUUCAACGCUAUUCAUGAUGACAUCGAACAGAGAACAACGCAUCGAGUAAAGUAUUGUUUGCACAUGAUAGGUUUGGAGCCCAUGGUUUCGUCCAAGGAUCUUAAAUGCCUACUACAGCUUAGUCGUGGCAAUGACUUGGCCUUCCUUUGGUUUCUAAUGGAGAUGUGCUACAAGAGUCCUAACCAAAGCAAAUACAAUCUUAAUGAACAGCUUAUAUGUUCGGCUAUUUGUCACUUGGAUAUGAUCACCACAUUGCGAGAACUGGACAAAAUUGUACCCAAGGUUUGCGGUGGCAAAACUGUGUCGAAGCCAUUCCCAAAGCAGCCUCAGUUGUUUUCUAGGAAUUCGCGGUCGAAAUAUGAGUUAAAGAAUGGUGCCACGGUUUGCAAAUUACCAUACUUUGAGAAAAUGAAAAGACCCCAACGUCGUGGUAAGUCUAUGACCAUCGAUGUUCCGAAUUUAAAAGUUCAAUUUAAUACGUAUUCGGCUUACGUCGACCCCAUUCACAUCGUCCAUAAUGAAUGUAAUCGCUGGUAUGCAGAACAUGACUUUAAUGCCGGACGAAGGGUUGCAUACGCUGUAAUUCGGAAUGCUAUCGCCAGUAUAUUUGAUGACUUGGGAGCGGCGAAACUAGAACCAGGGACUCUAAGAAUGUUGUGCUCAUAUCACAAGAACCUGAAGCAGAUUGAAGAACGUUAUAUUCGGCAGUUUAAAAUUAAAACUCGGGAAAGAUGCCUAAAGAGGUCCUUCGACAAUGCCGCCGCUAUCGCAAAGCAACGGGGUUGUCGAAUCAAUGAUUACCUUCAAUGCGAGAUAGACAAACAGUUGUUUUCAUUUCGGAGCCAAACCGCAAAGAUCAGAAAGGAAUUUACACUAUCUACUAUUGUUAAUAAUUGUGACCAAGUGGCUUUAUCUGCCGGUGAAGACGGCAACAGCGGCAAUGUUCUAAUGGACGCCACAAUGACAGAGCCAUAUGGAGAUCUAGGAUGCGAUGAAUGUAACAUGUCAAUCCAUGACCUUAUUGCGAAAGACGUCCAUCUUUCAAAAACAGUAUUUGAAAAUCUAAAGCAUUCGCAAUUAAAUGAUACACACGUUAAUCUUUUAAUGAGUGGAAAAUCGACUUCGCAAAUGUCCAUCUUUACGGCAAAACAUUUACACGCCGUCGACAUUAUUGGACCCUCCCAAUCAUUUUUCAAUGCAUCUUCAUAUAAUAAACCCUACCAGUUUGACUACAGAAAAAUAUUCCAUUGCAACCAGAAGGAUAACGCUUUCCUCAAAGAAGACAGCCAGAAACUUAGAAUAGCCUUCAUUGAAGCAUUAGAUAUGGACAUUUCGUACCUUAAUGAGCUUCAGAAUGCCGCAUCGAAUUUGAUCAUUGGAGUCGGUGAGUGCGCCUCUCAAAUAUGGAAAAGCAAAUUAAAGGAAUACAAAUCGGAACAAGUUUAUCGGAACGCAUCUGAAGCUUCAAAACAGCCGCCUCCAGUUAACGCCGAAGAUAAAAAUGUUUUGGACAAAAUGCUUGCAAAAGCCUUUCAGAGUAUGCGGAGAAAUCCAAAAUUUGUCUUAGCCCAACUUCCCGAGGCUCACAAACUUCCCAUGUUACGAGAAUGGAUAGCACGACGUUUCGGAAAGGUAUAUAGUCCAAAGGAUAGGCGUACCUCAUAUCGAUACUCGCUAAAAAUAUUCCAUGCUCUGGAUCGCAUGUCCUUCGAUUUUCCUACACCGACUGCUGACCGACUUGGCAACAAUCAAUUCGUAGACUAUAAUUGCAAAAAAUAUUUGGCAAAAAAGAUAAAACAUAUUAAAGAACGAUUCUGGCGUCGCCUGGACAAUGCCAUCAUGAAGCAAAGCCGAACGUACUGGUUUGCGAUGCGGGGUUAUUUGUGUUCGGGUCCAGGUCCACCGCGACAAACGUUUUUCGCCUACAUGCCGUCACGCCUACGGGACAUUCAGCGUUUCCGGCCUUGGAAAUUUUCCGAACACCGCCCUGAUAAAGCGGAACGGGAUAAAAGACGUCUGUGAAAUGAGUACCCCACCUACAUGUGUACGCACAAAUGCAAAAACUAUUAUUUGAAGUAAACUUCAUACACACACACACGAACCCAUGUAUAAGUACACAUUUAUGUUCGUUAAAUUUUAUAAAUCAUAGACAACAAUGAAGGAAACCUUAUUACACCGAAGUUGCUUUGAACGGCGAUAAUGGAAAUCAA